AUUGGACGCAACGUGACACAUUGGGAAAAGAUUAAAAAAGAAAUUCUUGUCUUCCAUAAUUCAUUCGCUAUAUAUAUAGUAGAUGCCAACCCCUAAAACACAAUAUAUCCCCUACCAGCCUUCUGUUUUCUGAAAAGAGAAAAUGGCAGUCACUGAAGCAAACACAAAAAGCUCUCUUCAUACUCGUUCGAACAGCUUGCCCUCCGCACCUCACCCACUCAUAUCACAACAUGAGGAGCAUCUGCAAAAAUUGAGGGACUCUGAAGCCACUUCUUCAAUAUCAUCAUCUUCGCUAAGCCACAAACUUAAUGGUUUGCUGGAUUUGCAGGACUGCACUGAUAAGUUGCUUCAAUUGCCUAUGAAACAACAAGCUGUGGCACAAAAGUUCAGUGACAAAUGUGUUGAUGACAUUCUAGAAGGGUCUUUGAGGCUCUUGGAUAUCUGCAGUACAGCCAAAGAAUGCCUACAGAUAUCAAAGGAAACUCUGUCAUCAGAAGGAAAAGUAAUGAAAUUGUAUUUACAACUGAGGGUGGAAAAUACUUGGCUUCAAGGAACAAGAAAAAUGGCAUCCUCUCCUUUGAACCCAAAAUCUGGUUCCCACGGUCGCUCAAAUAGCUUGCCCUCUAGACCACACCCUCUCAUUCUCAAAUGCAAUGAACACUUGGAAAGCUUAAGGGCUUCCAAAGAAACCUCCUCUUCCUCAACACUUCUUAGACAUAAGGUAGAAGGCUUGCAAGAUCUGAUUGAGUGUGUUGAAAAAUUGACUCAGCUUCCCCCUUACUCAAGAUGUCCUUCUCCACGAGUGUCAAGAGAAUUGGGUAAAAGACAUGGAUCCUUAAGGCUCUUAGACGUGUGUACUGCGGCCAAAGAUGCUUUACUACGCACAAAAGAAUGCACACGUGAACUUCAAUCAACCAUAAGAAGGAAGAGAGGUGGUGAAGUGGAGCUGACAGCAGAAGUCAAGAAAUUCUUGACAUCUAGGAAGGUAGUGAAAAAGGCCAUCUCCAAAGCCUUGGCAAAUUUGAACAGCACUUCAAAGAGUUCCAACAUCUCAUCUAAUACAAACAAAGAUCACCGAACAGUGGCUUUGAUUAGCUUAUUACAAGACAUGGAAGUGGCUACACUAUCAACAUUUCAGACACUGCUGCAAUUUAUCUCAGGGUCAACACAAUCAAAGUCAAACAGCUGGCUUUCGAUUUCCAAGCUAAUUCAGCCCAAGAGAGUCGGUUGCUCGCUAGUGGCAGAUGAAAGUGAAUUUGCCCAAGUGGAUGCAGCAUUGCAGUCCUUUGUAUUUACCAAGACUUGCAAAUUUGAAGACAUAAACAAUCUGCAAAACCAGUUGGAGAAAAUGGAGUCGUGCAUUAAAGACUUUGAAGAAGGACUUGAGUUUCUAUUUAGGUGUCUGAUUAAAAUCAGGGUUUCCCUUCUUGAUAUCCUUAACCACUAGUCCAACACAGCUGGGGUUGAAUUUUUGUAGUGAAAGACAGAGAUGCGCUUGUACAUGGAAAUCAUAAAUGUAUAU